GGGCAGUUGAUUGUUGUUGAUUUUGUCCUGCUAGAAUAUGCCUGUUUUUCGCGUAAUAAACGUAUUUUGAGUUAAUAGGAUAAUUCAAUGUGUUUUCUUAACAAUAUUCAUAUUUAGAUUUGGUGCAUUACCCAGCGACUAAAAUGACUAACGCUAACUGUGGGUCUAUACAGACACAGUUGGGUGCAAUAAUGGAAGUCUUGGCAAAGGCAGCUAUUGCAGACAUAAUCAAACUUUUUGACGACAGUUAUGCAGUGUUGCGCCUUGAGAUAUCCCGACAUCAACACGAAAAUGAGGACUUGAAAAGGAAAUUACAGGAGACGAAAGAAGAGUUAAGGACUGUACAAAUACGAAUCGAAACAGAUGAUAUAGUACAGCACGACUGGAGCAGCCCAUUGAGAAGUGGGAGACUGGAGAGCAGGAGCGACAGCCCUGAACAGCCUCUGAGCAUUGAGGACAAGUGUUCAAGCAGCCAAGGACAGGAUUCAACCCUGCUGCAGAUCAAAGAGGAGAGACUGGAGGAUGACUUAUGGAGCCAGGAAUUAGAGCCCAUGAAAUACGAGGUCAACAUUGCUGAUGACUCCCGUUUCAACCAGCGGCUCUACGCAGAAAGCUCAAGUUCUCAACAUAUCCGAGAAUCAAACCCAGGACAAAACCAUCCAUCCUACACUUUCACUCAGGAUCCCCCCACACAUUUGUCAUUCAUACCAAAUGCAAACCCCCAUCUCACACUUAACAGCAGCUCAAACGCACCCCUGACAUAUACACAGCGCUCAAAUACAUAUCCCUCGGACUCUGCCACAGACUUUACAGGCAUGCAUGAGCCACGGCUCGACCUCAAACAUGCACAGACUACCAGCCGAGGCCUGACACAUGCACAGGACUGUGAUAUUCCAGAGACGGUGGAGUUUGGCGAUCUGAGGCUGAAGGCUGAGCAUCAGGAGGAGAAGCAGGCGGCCAUCUUGGGUCACCAGGACAUCAGAGGUCACGCUGCGACUGGACUAGAGAAACAGACCGAGGGCCAGGCAGUGGACCAGGACGACACUGACCUGUGGGGUCCCCUCACGGAAGAGGAUGAGGACGAGGAAGAGGACAGCGAUACGAACCACAGUUUUGACGACCUGCUCUACGGGGUGGAACAGUACUCCCAUCCCCACGGCGACAGCCCAGGAGACGUGCUGCAUGUAGACACCUCGCAGACGCCUCCUUCCAUGGAGGGAACCAGCAUGGAGGGGUUUGCCGUUGCUCCUGGGACCGAUAUGGCCGGGACGCAGUCUCAGCUACUGUCGCCACAGAGGACCGCUCAUCCGGGACACGCGCAGGUUAGACGGCCAGUGCCCCCUGGUGGUCCACAGUUAUACCCGCGCCUGCCGCUUCCCCUGCCCCCUCCUGAGCUGCCCCUCCAUGUGUGCAGCAUCUGCAAGAAGGGCUUCUCCAGCUUGUCUUACCUGCGAAAGCACCUGCGUAGCCACUCCGGCGAGAGGCCCUUCACCUGCUCCAUCUGCUUCAAGCACUUCCUGUGCUCGUCGCACUUGACCAUCCACCUGCGCACACACACGGGCGAGCGACCGUACGCCUGCGGCACCUGCGGCAAGCGCUUCACGCAACAGAGCAGCCUGAAGACGCACCAGAGCGUCCACAGCGGCCUGCGGCCCUACCACUGUCCCCACUGCGGCAAGAGCUACACCCUCAUGCACCACCUCAAGAGACACAUGGGCACGCAUGAGAAAUGCUGAAGACCAGAACUACACCUUGACGCACCAACAUGAGGCAUAUGAGAAAUGCUGAAGAUGAGAGCUACACCUUGAUGUACCACCUCAAGAGGCGCAUGAGAUAUGUUGGAGACGAGACUGGAGCGUAUCAUACAGACAGACAUACUUAAAGGAACACUUCACCGUUUUUUCCUAUUAAACUACGUGAU